AUGCUUCGCCCAGACCCUGCCCAAACCAUGGCGAACCAGAUCUCUGUCACAAAGCAAACUGUGACCAGUGAGCGCACGGCUGGGGCCAGUCACCGGCGCCGCAAGCAGGAUGCCAACUUCCUGUGCCCAGUGCCUGGGUGUGGCAGCACGUUUACGAGGAGUUUCAAUCUGAAAGGUCAUAUGCGUUCACACAAUGAAGAGCGGCCAUUCCAGUGCAAAUGGCCGGGAUGCGGCAAAGGGUUCGCAAGGCAGCACGAUUGCAAGCGACACGAACAGCUUCAUUCGAAUUAUCGCCCGUUCACGUGCGAUGGCUGUAAUAAGACCUUUGCACGAAUGGAUGCCCUGAACAGACAUUGUAAGUGCUGUGUCUUCUUCAUGCAUGACACAUUGCUUAUCGAAUUUCCUUUAGUGCGUUCUGAGGGCGGUGCUGACUGUCAACGAAUUCUCGAUGCUGCAAAGCAAGAGAGUGACCAUGGCCCUGUACCCAAGACGGAGGAAAAUGGGUGGACCAGCAUGAGUGUCAUGGUAUAA